AUGAUUAUUCCUAUCGUAUUCGCUUCUCUCAUUUCAUCGAUUAAUGCUGUAUCUAUAGUAUCUCGCUCACAGUCCUACCCUCAGACCGCCGUACUCGGCCCCAAAACUACAAUAACCAUAGGUAAUAAGGUCAUCGCUCCCGAUGGCUUCGAACGCGCAGCAACUGUUGUCAACGAAUGGUUCCCUGGACCAUUGAUUGCAGCCCAGAAGGGAGAUAACUUUGCUAUUGAGGUAGUGAACGAGCUCAAAGACGAGUCAAUGUUCAAGAGUACCAGCGUCCACUGGCACGGUAUCUUCCAGAAUGGGACGAAUUAUGCGGACGGGACGUCCUUCGUCACACAAUGCCCCAUCGCACAGAACCACUCUUUCUUACACUCAUUCUCCGCCCCGAACCAAGCAGGCACUUACUGGUAUCAUAGUCAUUAUUCCGUCCAAUAUUGUGAUGGUCUGAGGGGAGCCCUGGUGAUCUAUGAUCCUGAUGACCCUUUGGGAUACAUGUAUGAUGUCGACGACGCGAGCACCGUGAUCACACUUUCCGACUGGUAUCACGUCGUGGCCCCCGUCUUGAGCCACAUCAUAGGUACCACCGCCAACUCCACGCUUAUUAAUGGACUGGGUCGUUAUGCAGGUGGGCCCGCGUCUAAUCUUGCUGUGAUCAGCAUCGCACAGGGAAAGCGAUAUCGCAUGCGGCUGGUUGCAAUGUCCUGUGACUCCGAGUUCCUGUUCUCCAUCGAUGGCCACAACCUUACAGUCAUCGAAGCGGAUGGACAGCUGACCGAACCUGUGGUGGUAGAUGAGCUCACGAUUCUUGCGGGUCAGCGCUACUCUGUGGUUCUGAUAGCCGAUCAACCG